AUGGCCAGACAACGACCGACAACACAGCAUAGACACACAAAGCAAGGCCAGGACCCAGACACAGGCAUGGGAAGGCGGACUGGAGAUGUAAGUGCAUUGACCUCUAUGGAAGAAAGGAGGAAGAAGAUAGUGGAACGGCCACAUGAUAGGGAUGAUGUUAUUAACCAAUAUCUCGAAACCCUGGCUUCUUCCAUAACUAACAAACAUCCCAUCCACUUGGUUAUUGGUUUUCUUAUUUAUUUUUUGCCUCUGAUAUUGCAGCGAAAAUACUCCGCAGAGGAGCUCGGGAAAGCUACGACAACGCUGGCGCAGCGGUCCCUUACAUACCUGCAAAAACCGAACUGCUUCAGGCCGGGUCAGGACAGAUCAUUUGGACAUCGUCCUCCCGUGGAACAAACAUGUCCGAUCCCCUCUGAAGGCAGCACAAUUGGGUUGAGUAGCGUCUACGAUGCGAAAGUGAUCACCACAAUCCCCGCAAACUUCAGAUCAGAGAUCUUGUCCCAGUUCUAUUCUAGUCCAGGCUUGCCUGAUCUGGGAGGGCAAGGUACAGAAAAGGAACAAGGUACACACCAGGCAAAGGAAAUAGCCAAGAAAACUGCUCCCCCAUUUUCGGAGAUCCUGAGGAAGAAAGUUGAUGCAAAGAGGAAAUGGGGUUUGGUGCCUUGA